CUUUGGUUUUAAUUAUUGUUCCAGAUUGCAUUUAAUUUUUAAAAAUGUUAUUUCUUCAUUGGUUCAUUGAAUUAUGCAUGAUUCAUUACAUUUACUAAUUUCCUAUGCUAUGCCAAGUUCUGUGCGAGGCUCUGAUAAUAUAAAAUUAAAUGGUAUAGAGGAGAAGGUAACUGAUUUUCUAGUAUGUACCAUCUCGCUGGGAAAAAAAACAAAAAUGGUAAAAAGUGGUGAUGAAUUUUAUAAACUGGGAGAAUCAGGAUGUUAAGGGUUUACUAUACUUGGGUGGAGAGGGCCAGGAGUUUUCACUCCAGACAAGACUUAGAGGAUGAGUAAAGGUUAGCCAAAGAGGGCAAAACGUUCCAGAUCGAGAAAACUACAUAUGAUAAGGUAAGUGAACAAGAGAGAACCUAUAUAUAUAUAUAUAUAUAUAUUUUUUUUUAAAGAUAUUAUUUAUUUAUGAGACAGAGACAGCGAGAGCAGGAACACAAGCCAGGGGGAGUAGGAGAGGGAGAAGCAGGCUUCCCGCUGAGCAGGGAGCCUGAUGUGGGACUUGAUCCCAGGACUCCGGGAUCAUGACCUGAGCCGAAGGCAGCUGCUUAACAACUGAGCCACCCAGGCGCCCUGAACCAAUAUAUUUUUAUUGUAGUUGAAAUAUAAUAGGCAAAAAGGAGUGUGGUGAGAAAUAAACAAAGCUUAGAUCUGUAAGACCUAGUGUUCCAUGUUUAGAAAUUAUUUUAUGGGUAAUGUGAAGCCACUGAAAGAUUUUUAAGUUGGAGAAUGAUAGGCUUGGAUGGUAGUUCAACUCUUCCAUAGGUGUGGAACGUAUUUUCGAGGGCAGCAGUCCAGGUGGGAGAUUAUAGCGGCUUUGGGAUAGAGUAGUGGCAAUGGGGAUGGAGGGAAGUGGGCAAUUGGAGAAUAAUUUAAGAAAUGGUAUCAAUAGGAUCUGAUGACUGAAUGUAGAAGGUGAAGAAUGGGGGAGAAGCAGUUGAGAUGAUUUUCAAGCUUCAGGCUUAAUAGUUCAAUGGAUGGAAUGUAAUUUCUUGAAAUAAGGACAUCUGGAAAGAAGACAGAUUUGGGUAGAGUGUAGCACCACAUGAUGGAAAAUUUAUGUUGGGUCAUGUUGAGAUACCUGCAACACCUCUGAGAGCUGUAAAGAGGUGUACUCAGAGUCUUAGAGGACAGAAGAGCAACCAUCAAUUGAUUAGGUGGGCUUCACAUGUGCUAGACAACAAUCUUGGGUCUAGGAGUCAGAUAUUAGGCAGGGCCAGAAGCAGAAGAGAAGAACUAUAGUUGUCCCCCUUAUUUGUAGGGGAUAUGUUCCAAGACCCCAGUGGCUGCCUGAAACCUAAAAUAGUAUCAAACUGUAUAUACUAUAUUUUUUUCUAUACAUACAUACCUGUGAUAAAGUUUUGAGUUAGGCAAAGUAUGAGAUUUAUAAUAGUAGCUAGUAAUAACAGAAGAAUUGCAAUAAUACAUUUUAAAUAAAAGUUAUAUGAACUUUCUCAAAAUAUCUUAUUAUGUUGUACUCACCCUUCUUCCUGUGAUGAUGUGAGAUGAUAACAUGCCUACGUGAUGAGAUGUGAGGGGAGUGAUGGAGGCAUGUGACAUAGUGUUAGGCUACUGCUGACCUGACCAUACAUCAGGAGGAUCAUCUUCUGGAUGGCAGUUUGAUCGUGGGAAAUAUGCAAAAGCUGAAACCCUCAUGACAGUCACAGAUCCUGUACAUGACAUUGCCUUUGCUCCGAACUUGGGAAGAUCUUUCCAUAUUCUAGCAAUAGCAACCAAAGAUGUGAGGAUUUUUACAUUAAAGCCUGUGAGGAAAGAACUUACUUCUUCUGGUGGGCCCACAAAAUUUGAAAUCCAUAUAGUGGCUCAGUUUGAUAAUCAUAAUUCCCAGGUCUGGCGAGUGAGUUGGAAUAUAACAGGAACAGUGCUAGCAUCUUCAGGAGAUGAUGGCUGUGUAAGAUUGUGGAAAGCUAAUUAUAUGGACAAUUGGAAGUGUACUGGUAUUUUGAAAGGUAAUGGGAGCCCUGUCAAUGGGAAUUCUCAGCAGGGAAACUCAAAUCCUUCCCUAGGUUCAAAUAUCCCAAAUCUUCAAAAUUCAUUAAAUGGAUCUUCUUCUGGCAGACUUUGUUUACUAAAACAUGAGGUCCCUUUUGAAGCAGUCGUUUGGAGAACAGAUGUUUUUAUGAAAGUAUUUCCGUUUGCUGUUACCAUAUUGAGGUCAUUCGACCGGAGUUUUUACUGCUCCAAAAUCAGUUUUUUCAACGAAUUUCAGUUUUGUGAUCAAAGUUUACGUGAGAUGGAAGAUUUCCGAGGAAUAGCUGAAGAGUCAUUUCCAAGCUUUUUAACCAAUUCAUUACUUGGUAAUAGUGAGAUUUUGAAAAAUGUCACUCUUUCUUCAAAUCUUGGCUUGCCUGUUGCUGUUUCAACACUUGCUAGAAAUAGAUCCAGUGCUGACAACAGGUAUUCUGAUAUCCAGGCAUCUUAUUUAGUAGAAGGGAAGUUUUCAGUUCCAUCUGAAUCAUCUCCCAGUAGCCAGAGUGAAGCUGACCCAAGAGAGAAGUUACAGCUUAGCUUCCAGGAUGAUGAUUCUAUCUCUAAGAAAAAGAAUAUAGAAAGUCAGCAUUUGUCAAUUGCUGUUCUUGAAGAGUCUACUUUGCAAAGUGAUAUGGCAAGAACAGAAGAGGAGCAAGCUAAAACUGCAAAACCCUUUCAGAGCCAAGAUCCUGUUGAUAGGAUUUCACCACUGGAACAAAUGCAAGACUCACCUGUUGAUUUUUGUUUACAACCAUGGAUGAAUAAUAAGGAGAACAAGAUGAUUGUUCCUCUUGCUGGAAAACAUUUUGAAGACAAGAAUCCACACAAUGACUUAAGCCACACUAGUUUAUUAGAAAAUGAGAAACUUACAUCACUGACAAGCUUGGAGGAUUUUUCUGAUGAUAUUGAUGAUGAAGAGUUUUAUGAUGAACAUUUGGAGGCUUACUUUGAGCAACUGGCUAUUCCAGGAAUGAUAUAUGAAGACCUAGAACAGCAACAUCCAGAAAAAGAUUUUAAAUUACCUACAAGUGAUCCAUGUCAGGCAAAUGAAAAUGAUAGCUAUAAAUCUCAAUCAGAAAAUAACAGCUCUCUGAUUUCCCAUGGCUUACACUCUUCAGGAAAUUCUGAAACAAUCCACAAAGAGUCUGAAGUAGGCCAUGUUGUUUGUCUGCCUGGGACCAGUAAUUUUGUAGAUACUGGAGAUAGUAGAAGGCAUAUAGAUGGUGUAUUAUCAUGUUCUUCUAGUACUCAGAGAAUUGAACAAGAGAAAGAAAGGGCAGACAGUUUGAAGGGUAUUGUCCCACAUCAUGGCAGAGAAAGCACAAGAGAAGAAGUUCCUGUGAAGACUAUCCAGGCUACUAAUGCGAAACUUAACCCUGUUUGUUUUCAUGACACAAAUGCCAGUAAAGGUGAUUUUGACUUAAUGGACCCUUUGAAACUGGAGGCCGGGUCUCUUCAUCAAAAUAAGCAUUUGGCAUCUGAUUCAGAAAGAGUUUUGCCCGUGGAUAGAUGUUUAGACACUGAAAUGCCUGAAGUGUCCAUUCAAAAAUAUGUGGACAUAGCAUCUUUGAAGCCUGUUAGUGACAGUGAAAUUAAUUCCACUGAUAGUCUUCGGUCACCAACUAGUGAAAGGCGAACAUGUGAUUAUUAUAAGUCCAUUAAAAAGAGUAAAGAGGAAACAGAUCUACCACAAAGUGUUGUCUAUCAAAAUGAAGAGGGCAGAUGGGUCACUGACCUUGCGUAUUAUACAUCUUUUAAUAAAGAACAAAAUUUAAAUAUGUCUCUAACUGACGAGAUGAAUGAAGACUUCAGAUCUGGUUCUGAAGCACUGGAUUUGAUUAAUCAAGAUGAAGAAGAAUUUAAUAAAGAGCAUCAGUUUAUGCAGGAAGAAAAUAUAGAUGCCCAGAACACUUCAGCUGCUCUAGGGGAUACGUCUUGGGGAACUUCAAUUAAUUAUAGUUUGUUGAGGAAAUCACUUAGCACAUCAGAUUUGGACAAAGAUGAUGCCAGUUAUUUACGCCUAUCUUUAGGAGAGUUCUUUGCUCAAAGAUCUGAAGCUCUUGGUUGCCUUGGUGGCGGUUACAAUGUGAAAAGACCAUCAUUUGGUUAUUUUAUUAGAUCACCAGAGAAGAGAGAACCUGUUGCUCUCAUAAGAAAAUCUGAUGUAUCAAGAAGUAAUUUGGAAAAAGAAGUGGCUCAUCUUAACCAUGAUAUAUUUUCAGGAGACUUAAAAGCACAGCUAAAUGAAGGAUCAGUUACACUUCAGGCUGAAGAACUGGAGAGUAUUUCACAAGUGGAUGAAAGUGAUGUGACAUUAACUGCCAAUAACUGCAAAACAGAGGACAGUUUCUUCAUGAGUAGCAAACCCCGAAGAUACAAAAGCAAGCCACCCAUUGAUGGUGAUUCUGUACUUAGGAUAAGCACCAUUGCUUCAGCCAUUGCAGAUGCAUCAGUAAGUACUGAUCCUUCCCAACUUGCUGCCAUGAUCAAGGCACUUUCAAAUAAAACCAGAGAGAAGACUUUUCAGGAAGAUAAUAAACAAAAGGACUAUUCCACUGUGCCUCAUUUCUUGCCUAAUGAUACAGAAAAAAGUAAUGGAUCCAGCAUGUUUGAUAUGGAGAAAUACCUUAAAAAAACAGAAGUCAGUAGAUAUGAAGGUGGACUGGAAAACUUUUCAAGAGCUGGUACAUCUGAUCGGUGGGAUUUAUCUUUGCCAAAAGAACAGUUUACACGAGACAUCCAUACAGUGGACUUAGGUGCUGCUGAUAUAAGUAUAAAGGAACCAGAAGAAAAUACAGCAUUUACUUUUUAUGGUGAAAAUGGAGAGAGCAAGAAUCAAGAAUCAUUUAGAACAAACUGUCCAAAUUCAAUUCUUAUAAAUAGAAAAGAGAAUGAAAGUACAAUAGUUGAUGUGAAGACAUAUCCUCUUGACAACAAAUUACCAGAUACUGGUAACUGCAAAACAGCCACCUCAGUAUCCACUCUAACAUCUAAUAGUUAUUCAUUAGUAAGGAACCCCAGGAUAGCAUCUGUUUGGCUGUCAGGAGAAUGUGAGGAAAUAACAAAUAAUAGAGAAAAUCAGAGGCAAAAUGAGUGUGUUAGUGAAGCAAGCAAUGGUGAAAAACAUGUGACUUUUGGAAAACAUUCCAUAAUUACGCCUAAAAAUGUUGAUUUGAAAAAUCACUCUCCUGAGCAUGGUGGACAUGGGUCAGAGGAUGACCAGGAUAGCUUCAGACCUUCCUCUUCUCCACUGAGUCAUUCUUCUCCUAGUGAAAUUUCUGGAACAAGUUUAUCAGGGUGUGCUUUAGAGUCUUUUGGUUCAGCAGCUCAUCAGAAGCCCCCCUGUGAGAGUGAGUCGUCUCAAUUGGUGUGUCCACAAGCUAGUGUGAGUAGGUUGACUUACGUGUCUGAACAAGAGAGCUCCUGUCCUACUACGGCCUCAGAUCAUGGCCUUGAGGGCUGCAAGAGUGAUGUCACCAGUGAAUUGAGCACCACAAUUACUCAAGCCAGUCCAAUUCCAUCAGAGGAACAGGCUGUGGAAAAACUGAGAGAAAAAGGUCCAUUUCAAAGUAGAAGUAAAGUAGCACGGUCCUAUAAUCAGAAAAACUCAGCUACAGACAAUGUGACUGAAAUGACUUCUCUGAGUAGCAGACCUGAAGAUGUAAAACCUUACUUUAGGUUGAAUAAAGAUCUCUCCUCCAGGAGUGGAGACCUAUCAGAAAUCGGUACAGUAGGGCUGACCUCUCACCCCAGUGAAUUGGACCAGAUCAGCCUGGCUCUACUGAGCAAGUCAGGCGUCACCUGCCCACUUGUGUCAGCGAUGCCACACCGGCCUGGGGCACACCAGGCAUCUGUGAACAAAGGUGAGAGAGUAGCCUCUGGAGCUGCAUUAACUACCGACAGUGCAGUAAGUGGCCAGACUCCUCAGCGGAUGGCCCCGGGGAACCAGGGCGCCCCUCUUCCCAGCACUGUGUCUUGGGGCUCUGCUCCUGUGAUGCAGAAUGUGCCCACCGCACUUCCUGCGCUCUGGACUCAACAUUCUUUUACCGCAGCCCCCUUUGUCCAGCAGUAUUUGGGAACACUACCUUCGGCUGGAAAUGUUGCUCUGCCUCAGUGCCAAGCUGGCAGCGCCACUGUCUGUGGACCCUCGGGAAGCUGUCCAUACCCUGCUGCCGUAGGAGAGCACGUUCACAACUCUGUGGCCAUGGGAGGAAUUUGUCUAGGACAAAAUACCGGCUCUGGAUUGAUGGGUCCCUCUUCCCUUUAUAACCCAUAUUCUAAUGCCUUCAAUCAGAAUCUUCUAAGUACAGCAAAACCUUUCCCUGUGCAGUCUGUUGGUACAAACUGUGGAACUGAACCAUGGGAUUCAGGAAUGCUGUCAGGAUUUGGGAAGGUAAGAGUACCUGAGGAAUUGAAGUUUCCUCAUGCUUGCUGUGUUGGCAUUGCUUCACAGACCUUCCUCAGUGUGCUUAAUCCAACUGACCGCUGGCUACAGGUCAGCAUUGGGGUUCUCACCGUUAGUGUUAAUGGUGAAAAGGUAGAUCUUUCAGUAUAUCCUUGUUUAGUCUUCAAGAAUAAAGUCAUCGUAAGACCUCAUGCCACAGAAGAGAUAAAAGUACUUUUCAUACCAUCCGAUCCUGGGAUUUUCAGAUGUAUAUUCAGUGUUGCUUCUUGGCCAUUUUCAGCGGAUGCUGAGACCAUAGCACAAGCAGAAGCCUUGGCAAGCCGAGUCAUUCUCACGGCUGUUGCCGAGACCCCUGUGAUCGAGGUAGAAACAGAAAAGAAAGAUGUUCUUGAUUUUGGCGACUUGACUUAUGGUGGCUGGAAAGCUCUGCCAUUAAAAUUGAUAAACAGGACUCAUGCCGCUGUGCCAAUCAGACUUGUUAUUAGUGCUAAUGCCAUAGCCUGGCGCUGCUUCACGUUUUCCAAGGCACCCGUCCAUGCUUCUUUGAAAGCAGCUCCAUAUGCUGACGUGAUUGCUCAGCUGGCAGCUCCUUCUGUGGUCAACCACAUGAUGCCUGCUAGCUACGAUGGGCAGGAUCCAGAAUUUCUGAUAAUUUGGGUUCUUUUCCAUGGUCCAAAGAAACAGAUCACUUCUUCAGAGAUUUUAGAUUCAGCAGAAGAGUUCUUGGCAAGAGUCGAUAUAGAAGUUGAUAGCCCAAACCCUACCCCAGUCAUUAAAAGUAUUGGUCUUCAAGCAAGAACAGGAAUAGCUAGGAUACAUGCUCCAAAAGACUUACAGACUAUGCACUUGUUUGCCAGUAUGGCUUCCUCAACAAAGCAGCACUUACCUUUGAAAAAUGCGGGGAAUAUUGACGUUUACUUAGAUAUCAAGAUCCCAGAUCAAGGAAGUCACUUUUCAGUGGAUCCAGAGAAUCUAUUCCUUAAACCUGGAGAGGAACGCGAAGUUAUAGUCACAUUUACUCCAAAGGACUCCCAAGCCUGUGAGGAAAGGAUCUUAAAAAUAUUUGUGCAGCCAUUUGGACCUCAGUAUGAAGUGGUGUUAAAAGGUGAAGUAGUUUCUUCAGGAAACAAACCUCUGACACCUGGCUCUCGCUGCUUAGCUGCUCCAUCGAUGUUGUCCAACAAGCAGUUUCUGGCCUGGGGGGGUGUCCCUCUUGGUAGAACACGGCUUCAGAAGCUAGCUUUACGAAAUAAUUGUACAUCUACAACCCAGCAUCUGCGACUGCUCAUUAGAGGACAAGACCAGGACUGCUUUCAGCUUCAGCAUACUUUUGGUUCAGAAGAACGACUAACCAGUAACUGUGAGAUUAGAAUGCGUCCAGAAGAAGACAUUCACAUCUCUGUGUUAUUUGCACCUACUCGAUUAUCUUGUAUGUUGGCUAAACUUGAAAUUAAACAACUGGGAAUUCACUCACAACCGGGCAUUAAGUUCACGAUACCUUUGUCUGGAUAUGGAGGAACAAGUAAUCUUAUUUUGGAAGAUGUUAAAAAGUUAUCUGACAGUUACAUGGUAACAGUGAAUGACUUAGUACCUGGCAAAGAAAGUAGAAUUGUUUUUUCUGUUCAUAACACUGGCUCUCGGGCAGCUUUUGUUAAAGCAAUAGGUUUUAAGGAUUCUCAGAAAAAAGUUUUGCUGGAUCCUAAAGUAUUAAGGAUUCUUCCAGAUAAAUUUGUGCUCAAAGAAAAAACACGAGAAGAUGUUACCAUAAUAUAUAAUCCAUCAGACAGAGAGAGCAAUUAUAUAACCACAACAGAACUGUCAACUGUAUACUUCUUUGGUGGUGAUGAAAUUUCGAGGCAGCAGUAUCGAAGAGCCCUGUCGCAUAAACCAGGGGUUAUAGAACAAGUACUUCCAGAACAUAGUGUGCUGCAGCACAUUGAUUUUGCGGAAGAAUUUCAGCAUGAGUUUCUAGUAACUGAAGUGUAUGAUCUUCCCCAACGGCCUAAUGAUAUUCAGCUCUUUUAUGGAAACAUGCAUAAAAUUAUACUUUCAGUAAUUGGAGAAUUCAGAGAUUCUGUGUCUAGCAGUGAAUUCCUUCAGCGUUCUUCCAAAGCUGUCUUAGAAUCUAAAAGUGAAUCUGAUGGUUCUGGGAAACAUGGUGGCAAUGUUUCUUUGGAUAUUUUACCAGUUAAAGGUCCUCAAGGUUCUCCACUUCUUUCACAAGCUGUUUGCCCACCUCAAGAUAAAUCAUCCUCUAAGGAAAUGUGGACUGUCCAGCCUGAACACUUGAUUUUGAUAGCCCCUUCUUGUGAUCUGGCAAAAACUGCAUGUUUCCAGAUUUUAAAUAAUUCCGUUAGGUUACUGAAAUUUGAGUUGUACUGGCCAGCACAUUGCCUUACGGUAACACCACAACAUGGAUUUAUCCCGCCAGAGAGUAAGCUACAAAUUCUUGUGAGUCCUAAUUCCUCCUUAUCCACAAAACAUUCAAUGUUCCCAUGGAGUGGUUUAAUCUAUAUACACUGUGACAAUGGACAGAAGAAAAUUGUGAAAGUUCAAAUUCGUGAAGACUUAACCCAGAAAGAACUCCUCACUCAUUUGGCCUCCAGCACAUUUGGAGUCCUUUCUCCAGGAACUGAGCCUUCAGUUAGUUACCUGGUGAAACCAAUGACAAAACCACCUUCCACAAAAGUUGAGAUAAGAAACAAGACUGUUACUUUUCCUGCAACAGAACCUGGUGAAACUUCAGAAAAUUUUCUGGAACUUGAGAAUCAUGGUAACACAGAAGUGAAGUGGCAUCUGUCAUCCUUAGCUCCACCUUAUGUCAAGGGAGUUGAUGACAGUGGAGAUGUUUUUAGAGCUACCUAUGCAGCAUUCAGAUGUUCUCCUAUUUCUGGUAUACUAGAAAGCCGUGGAAUUCGGAAGGUCUCCAUCACUUUUUUGCCCAGGGAUAGAGGGGCUUAUGCUCAGUUUUGGGAUGUUGAGUGUCACCCCCUUAAAGAGCCUCACAUGAAACAUACCCUGAGAUUUCAACUCUCUGGACAAAGUGUCAAAGCAGAAAAUGAGUCUGAAAGUUCACACAUUUCCACAAACUCCCUCAUUAAACUAGAUAAUUUAGUUAAGCCCCGAAGACAAGCUGUAUCAGAGGCUUCUGCUCCCAUACCAGGCAGACAGCUUGACUUGACGCACCGCGGAGUUUAUGCCCCAGAAGAUGUGUAUCGGUUUCCGCCUACUAGGGUUGGGGAAUCAAGGACGUUGAAAGUCAACUUGCGAAAUAAUUCUUUCAUUAUGCACUCUCUCAAGUUUUUAAGUCCCAGAGAGCCUUUCUACGUCAAACAUUCAAAAUAUUCUUUGAGAGCCCAGCAUUACAUCAACAUGCCUGUGCAGUUCAGACCAAAGUCAGUGGGCAAAUUCGAAGCCUUGCUUCUUAUUCAAACAGAUGAAGGCAAGAGUGUCGCUAUUCGACUAAUGGGUGAAGCUCUUGAAAAAAUUAACUAGAUACAUUUUGUGUAAAGUAAAUUACAUAAGUUAUAUUUUGGUAACUUCAUUUUUUUACACUACGAUAUUCUUUUGUAUAUAUUUUGUAAGAUUGAUUUGAUAUGUAUAACUAGAUUUUUGUUUGUCUUGAGAAGCUAAUACUGAAGACCGGACUAAAAUAUCAUGUAUGUAGCCUACAGUAUUGUACUUAACUUUACAGGGGAGAAAAGAAUUCUAUUUUUGCAUUGAUUAUGAUACUCUGAAUAAAUACAGCAUAUAUUUUAAUGUGGUAUAUCCAGAAAUAAAUUUAAUUUCUACUGAACCUGUCUUUUUAUAUGAUGUCUUACAGAAAUCAGAAUAUUGCUUUAUUCUCCUAAUUAUUUUGUCAAGCUGCUGGGUCUGUUUUGUGAUUUUUUCCUUCAUUACAUAGUUUCCUUUCCUCUAAGAAAUUCCUUCUCUGGUCCUUCUGUCUUUUAGCUAAUUGCCCAGACUAGAAAGGAAGUGUACUUUUAAAGAAAUUGUUUUUCUCCAAAGUAGGGGAAUUCAUAUUCUCUGCAAAUACAUUGGAGAGGUUGAUGUAUUUUAAAAUGGCAUUAAUUGUCAUUAAAGCUAAACGGGACAGCUGCUCCAGAACCCUGCGUAGAAGGAAUGCUCCACAAACAGGUGCUGGUGGAGAGGCAGUGAGUCGCUGAGGGAGCCCAAGUGCCCUGUUAUGGCAUCUUGAGCUGUGAGGUGGAAAAGGUGUGACACGGUUAACCUGGUUUUACCUGGGAAGAACAUGAUUAUGAAUUGCUUCUCAACCAUUACUGUUAAGUCCCCUGUUAAAGUUUCCUGAGCCCAGCUGACAAUCUUGUUCGGAGCAGUAAAAUCCCGGAUUGUGAGCAGUUGUGUAGUGGCUCCAUAUUAUUGAUGGUGCAGAAAGACCAUGGAACAUGCAAGAAGUUUCCUGGAUGGCUUCAGUCUGCAACGGUUUGGAACCAAUUAUGGUGAGCUGGAGCUAGAAAAAUUUCUUCUCUCUCUCUCUCUGUCUCUCAAAUCUUUAGAAAUGGGGAGCAGCGCCUGGGUGGCUCAGUCGGUUAAGCAUCCAACUCUUGGUUUCAGCUCAGGUCAUGAAAUUGAGCCCCACGUCAGGUACGGAGCUCUGCUUGAGAUUCUCUCUCCCCCUCUGCCCCUCCCCCAGCUUGCACACACACUUGCUCUCUCUAAAAAAUAAAUCUUUAAAAAAGAAAAUAAUUUUCUUCUUUCCUCUUCUACCUUAUUU